CUCUCCGUCUGGUUCCUCCCCGGGCCGAGCGACAAGAACCAGGCUGAGAGAACUCGGGGGAGAGCAAAAGGAGUAAACUGCUCUGCUUUUAAUAUCCUGCGGGGACCCUUUGCGAAAUCUCAGCAUCAAAUCUGGGCUUUAGACGGACUGAAAGUCGGCGCAGACGGGGCGGAGUUUGGGGAGUUUGGCCGGAGGAGUGCGGUUGACUUUUUUGCGGUUGACAGCAACCGGUGAACGUGUGUGUGUAGAUGUGUGACAGCGGAGUGUGUGAGGACAAGCCCCCCGCCCCCCCUGUCAGGAUGAGCAGCCAAGGAGGAGGAACCAAGGACCCCCAGUCGGCCAAUCACAGCUCUCGGCCGCUGCCGUCCGUACCGGAGGAGAGGAAGUCCAGAAACAAGAUCAUCUCCAUGUUUGCCUCUGAGAAAGGGGGCAGGAAGAAGGACCGGGACAAGGACAGGCCCGAGAUCUCUUCACCUUCAGACUUUGAACACACCAUCCACGUGGGUUUUGAUGCCGUUACUGGAGAAUUCACUGGCAUGCCGGAGCAAUGGGCCCGUCUUCUCCAAACCUCCAACAUCAGUAAAUCAGAACAGAAACAGAACCCUCAGGCCGUCCUCGACAUUCUCAAGUUCUACGAUUCCACCAGUGGAAAACAGAAAUACCUCAGUUUUUCCGCCUCGGAUAAAGACUCACAGUCGCCGGGCAAGCAGGGUACUGCGACCUCCCCAUCGGGCAAAGAUGGCGAUGACGACGACGACGAUGAUACACCACCUCCGGUCGUGGCGCCACGGCCAGAGCACACAAAAUCAGUGUACACAAGGUCAGUGAUUGACCCCAUCCCAGCUCCAGAGGGAGACGCCGCCUCCAAGGCAGCUGACAAACAGAAAAAGAAGGGAGGCAAGAUGACCGACGAGGAGAUCAUGGACAAGCUACGAACGAUUGUCAGUAUUGGAGAUCCUAAGAAGAAAUACACUCGCUAUGAAAAGAUCGGCCAGGGGGCAUCUGGCACAGUUUACACAGCCAUCGAUGUUUCCACAGGACAAGAGGUGGCCAUCAAGCAGAUCAACUUGCAGAAGCAGCCAAAGAAAGAGCUAAUUAUCAACGAGAUCCUGGUCAUGAAGGAGAUGAAGAACCCCAACAUUGUCAACUUCCUAGACAGCUUCCUCGUUGGAGACGAGCUUUUUGUGGUGAUGGAGUACCUGGCCGGUGGCUCGCUAACUGACGUUGUGACAGAGACGUGCAUGGACGAGGCUCAGAUCGCUGCCGUCUGCAGAGAGGUCCUUCAGGCUCUGGAGUUCCUUCAUGCCAACCAGGUCAUCCACAGAGACAUCAAGAGUGACAACGUACUUCUGGGGAUGGACGGAUCCGUCAAACUUACCGACUUUGGCUUCUGUGCCCAGAUCACCCCAGAGCAGAGCAAACGCAGCACCAUGGUCGGGACUCCGUACUGGAUGGCUCCAGAGGUGGUGACCAGGAAAGCCUACGGACCCAAAGUGGACAUUUGGUCUCUGGGGAUUAUGGCCAUCGAGAUGGUGGAAGGAGAGCCUCCAUAUCUCAAUGAGAACCCUCUCAGGGCGUUGUAUUUAAUUGCCACCAAUGGGACUCCUGAGCUGCAGAGUCCAGAGAAGCUGUCUCCUGUCUUCAGAUCCUUCCUGUCUCGCUGUCUGGAGAUGGACGUGGAGAAACGAGGGUCUGGCAGAGAGCUGCUGCAGCAUCCGUUCCUGAGGCUGGCCAAGCCUCUGUCCAGCCUCACCCCGCUCAUCCUGGCAGCCAAGGAGGCCAUGAGGAGCAACCGCUAAAUCCCAGUCUCUAAGAACUAUAGGAGCAAACGGCAGCCGAAGCCUCCAGAAUCUUCCACAGAUCUACGUAUGAUGACCAUCAGCAACCUGCGUGUGUUUUUACUUUUUUUUUUUUCCCCAAGAGGUCACAAAAUGCUGCUUCACUCUCCUCAGUGUUUCUGUGCUGAUUAUAUAUUUAUCUCCCCUUUGUGCCUUGUUCUGAAGCUGCAUACAGCCAUAAUGUGUUCCCUGUUUCUUGCAGCUACAGUGUGUGUGUGUGUGUGUGUUUGUUUAUGUUGACGCUGGUUACUAUGCAUAUCAGGAAUGCAGUAUCACUGUUACUCUUGGCACUUUGCACCACCAAGGUCCAUAUUCACAAAGAAUCUCAUUUUACUGCUGGGAGCUGAACUAAAACGGCGUUUAAAAUUCCCAGCAAGAGUUUCAUCUUCACACCUGCAGGGAGCGGCGUUUACUGAGCAAAUAAACAAACUCCUCAGAGGAUUAACUUAAUUCAGCCAAAUUAAAUGAUGUCGUAACACAGGAGCAGACUGGAGCAGACACAUCUCAUCUUUUUAGAAGCUUCCCUUAUCUUCCUGCUUUUAUUGUAAGAAUGGAAAUCCGUGCUACAUUUUU